AUGGGAACGUCUGCUUCAGUCCCAAAUAGUCAGGUGUCCAUCGGUUGUCAGCUCUGUCAAGGCAAAAAUACAAUUCAAUGGAAAUGUGUUAAUUGUCAAUUUUUAAUGUGCAGUAGUUGUAAAGAUAAUAUUCAUCUCAGAAUUGCUAAAGACCAUAUCAUCAGAAACCUAAAUGAUAUUGGGGAAUUAGAUUCAGGAGAAAGUUUUAACUUUUGUGACGUGCAUUGUAAUGAACAUUCUAAUCAAGUUUGCUGCUCGUAUUGCAGAACUUGUAAAAACGUUGUCUGUUUGAAAUGUGUGAUGAAAGUGCACAAUGGACACGAGUUUGUAGAUGAGGAGGAAUUUCUAGGUAAAAAGAAAAAGUUAUGGGAGGGACAUAAAAAUGCAGUGACAAAAUUAAGUGAACUGUCUACUGAAGAACACAAAUGGAGAAAUAUAAAAGAAUCAGAGGAAGCCAUGUAUAAUAAAGCAAAAGAAAAUAUUCAGAAUAGAUCAAUAAAUGAUGGGGAUCGGUGGUCUGAAAAGCUUAUUGACUUAGAAGAGAUUAAACGAUCAAUUAAUCAGGAAAUUGAUAGAGAAUUAAGAAACCUAGCCGAAGACAAACGAAAGUUUCAGGAGGUUAUCAAUGUUGUAGAUCUAAUUAAAAGUUCUAAAGAUUUUUAUAAGUUCUUUGAAAGGUUUAAGGAGUUGUUAACUUCAUUGAAUUAUGUUAUUGUUCCAUUCAAGUCAAACAUUGGAUCUUUAUCAGACUUUAUUGAAGGAGAAAAUUUAGUAAGUGAAUCUUGUCGGCUAAAAACAAACCAUUCAGGUUCAACACAUAUUUUUAAAGUAGUCCAACAGUAUACUACAGAUAUUAGAAAGAUUUCUUUAUUAACUGAGUUACCGGACCAAACACUAUUGAUAUCUGACAAUUCAUCAAAAGUUCUUCAACAUGUGAAUUUAGAGGGAACUAGUGUCCAAGUGAAAUCUAACAUGACUAUUAAGAUAUUUGGUAUGGCAGUCAGUCCUGCAGGUGACAUUCUUGUAUCCACUUCUGGCACAAGGCUUAAAAUACUAAACCUGAAGACUGGUGAGAUAACAGAUUCAGUAUUCAAUGUACAUCCUUUAAAGGCACUUUUCUUACAUGCAACUAGAGAUCACAGAGUCAUUAUAGGGGCCAGAUCUCCAGAACAUAAAUAUUCCGAUACAGGGAGAUGUGUUGUAAUAGUUAUGAACCAAGAAGGGAAAUAUCUAAAGGAGUAUGAACAUGAUGGUAAAAACAAAUCAUUAUUUACCUACCCUCGUUCUAUAUCCAGUACAAGUGACGACAGGAUCUUUGUAGUGGACAGGGUCAAUGAUGAUGCUAGAGGUAGAGUGGUUGUUUUAGCACGAGGAGGAGAAAUCAUACAGAUAUACUCGGGUCAUCCUCAUAUCAAUACAGAAAGGAAACCAUUUAAACCUGUUUAUGUAUCUACAAUAUCAUCAGAACGAAUUAUUGUUACAGAACUGGAAACUAAUGCCGUACAUAUUUUAAAUAACUAUGGACACUUUAUUACAUUUUAUAAUAUCUUGGACAUAGGAAUUGAAAGGCCGUAUUCUCUUGCUUUGUCUUCAUCAGGACAUUUAUAUCUUGGAUGUACCUGUAAACACGGAAGUCCAGACACCUUCAUGUCAAAACUUUAUGAAUUAGAAUACUCCGGAAUCUAA